GUCAAAAGGUAUGAGUCAAUCGUGUGUGUAAUGUAUAUUAUAUGUAUGAUUCUUGAAACUAAAAAGCUUCGGCCAUGGCCAUGGACGUUCUGAAACUCUCUUCUAGUCCACUCCAUUUCACUACCAAGCUGAGCAAAUCUCAAUUUCCCAAGCAAUGUAUGCAGAUUCCUCUAUUCCCUUCAUCCUCUUUUUCAUCGAUUAACAGAUCCAAUCGAAGUUUCAAGCUCUGCGCAACCACCUUUUCAACGGAAGAAACUGGAAAUCCGUUCGAGGUGGAGGCCCAGAGUGAACGACGAUUUGAUUGGUAUGCGCAAUGGUACCCGAUCAUGCCGAUUUGUGACCUGGACAAGAGGGUGCCACAAGGGAAAACGGUAAUGGGGAUUGAUGUGGUGGUGUGGUGGGAUAAGAACGAGAGUGGAUGGAAGGUGUUCGAUGAUUUGUGUCCGCAUAGAUUGGCUCCGUUGUCUGAAGGAAGGAUUGAUGAAUGGGGGAGAUUGCAAUGUGUUCAUCAUGGUUGGUGCUUUAAUGGCUCUGGUGAUUGUAAGUUCAUCCCUCAGGCGCCAGCGCCCCCCGACGGCCCUCCGGUUCACACAUCCAAAAGGGCAUGCGUUUCUGUUUAUCCUAGUGUUGUGCAGAAUGAUAUUUUAUGGUUUUGGCCAAAUAGUGAUCCCCAGUACAAAGAUAUCAUGGCGAAGAAAACCCCCCCUUUCAUUCCCGAAUUAGACGAUCCCUCAUAUACCAAGUUAAUCAUUAGCAGAGAUCUUCCUUAUGGGUAUGAGGUUUUGACUGAGAAUCUUAUGGACCCAGCACAUGUCCCAUAUGCACAUUAUGGGAUAGUAUCAAGGCAACAGACCAAGCACAAGAAAGCAGAUAGAGAAGGAGGACAACCGAUUGAAAUAGUUGUGAGAGACUUAGAUGUGCAUGGUUUCAUCAGUAAUCAGGGACUGGGACAUAGCAAGUUUGUUGCACCUUGUGUCCUCUACACUUCAUUUAAUCUACCAUCUAAGGAAAGAAAUGCAAAGCACCAAGACAAUGGUACUCUCUCAUUGGGGGAAAACAAUGCGGUGGCCUCAAAAACAUCUCAGAGGAAAAGGAUGGCAGUAUUUAUGUGCAUUCCCAUUAGUCCGGGUAAAAGCAGAGUAAUAUUUAUACCUCUGAGAAAUUUUGCUAUAUGGGUAAACCAAAUUAUUCCAAGAUGGAUGUUCCAUUUGGGACAAAACCUAGUCUUAGAUUCGGAUUCGUAUCUUCUUCAUCUGGAGGAGAGGAAGAUAUUGGAUGUUGGCACUGCAAAUUGGCAGAAAGCUUGUUUUCUACCAACCAAGUCAGACGCCAAAGUGGUUGCCUUCAGACGGUGGUUGAACAAAUAUUCUGAUGGUCAUGUUGGUUGGAGAGGCAAGUUCAGUGGCAUUCUUCCUCCAUCGCCUCCAAAGGAACAGCUGAUGGAAAGGUACUGGUCUCAUGUGGUGAACUGCAGUAGUUGCAAGGUGGCAUACAAGGGUCUGAAUGCACUAGAAGUUGUGUUGCAAGUCAUCUCCAUUGCUUCACUUGGAAUUUUUGCAGCUACAAAGCAAAGUUUGGUAUCAGGAGCUGCUAGAGUUUUGAUGGUGGCUAUGGCUAUACUCUGCUUUGCUUCUUCAAGGUGGCUUUCUCAUUUCAUUUACAAAAACUUCCAUUUCCAUGAUUACAAUCAUGCCAUUCGCUGAAUUAUCAUCCUCCUAGCCUUUGAUUGGGAUUGCCUCAAGCUUGAAAUAUUUGUAGAACACAUGCUCUCUUCCUGUCUCCCUCACACAUAUAGAAAUUGUAUUGAAGCAGAUGUAUGUAUUUAUGAAAGAAAUUCGAACAACAUUUUCUUUUCCCAAGUGUGCAUACCUACCAAAUGGUCACAGUUCGAGUCUCCUACCUCCAAAUGUUGUAUUGAACUAAACAAUAAUAUCAAUAAGUUUAAAUGUCUUGGAUUUGUUUUGCAUA